GACCUGACCACCAUUGUAUCUCAACAGCAAACCUGUUUUGUUGCAGCUAAUGGCGCUGCUCUCUUGACUUUCCAACAGGCUGGAGAGAAUAAAUUGCUGCAGUUUAUCCCCAUACAGCUGACAUUCCCACCAUGCCAUCACUCACAAGCAGGGAUCUGCACAUUAGAAAUGUAACCCCCCACCCCAGGCAGCCCUCAGUCCUCGGAGAGGAGCUGGAGGAGAGGAGACUUUCCACUUCAAGACUCAGCACCGCCUCAGGCUGCUGGCAACAGGAGCCCCAAAACAAAACCCAUGGCUUAGAGAUUCACAGCAUAAAUCCAAAAGCUCAGUCUCCUUGCAAACCUCAGCAUCCUGGCAGGGUCAGGGGAAUGUCACAAUGCAGAGUCCCUCAGGAAGCCUGACUGGGUCUCCCUAUGGAAUCACACCUGUGUUUACAAAGGGUCUGCAAAAUGUAAGAGCUACAAAAGGUCAAUUAGUGGUAUUUGAAUGUCGUGUCCAUGCUACACCCACCUUACAGGUACACUGGUACAGAGAAUACGAUCAGAUAAUAGAUUCUGCAGACUUCCGAAUACUACGAAAAAAGGCUUGUUCAUCAUCACUUCCUGAGGAAGUCUGCACCCUGGUUAUUACAGAAGCUUUUCCAGAGGAUUCUGGAAUAUUUAAAUGCGUUGCUGAAAAUGAAUUUGGAUCUGCAGCAUCCAGUGCACGCCUCUUAGUUUCCCCAGGAGCAAAAGAACUGGAUAGCUUUGCGGGUGCUGCCCAUGUGCCAGCUGUGCAAGUCACCAUGAAGAAACCCAGCUUUGCCAGGAGCAGCCAAGCUGCAGUCAAGGACAGAGACAUGCCCAGCCUGCCGUCCUACAGCACGGACACAGCAGAAGCCACAAACUUUGGCCAGCUAAAUUCAAAGAGUGAAGUUGAAGAUUUUCAUGGAGUUUAUGAGAAUUCACCUCAAAAUUCUCCUCUGCGGUAA